GACUGCUGGAGACAUCCCGUGGCUGAGGUGGGAAAUGCACAGCCCCAUGGGGGGAAAGGCUCAUUCUGGGUCACUCACGAGAAGAACGUUACCCAAAUUUACCAGCUCUUCACCCAAAGAUGCAAAUCCUUGCAUACUGAGCUUAAUCUGCUUUGCCACCUGCCUCUCUCAUUCCUACUGUCCACCCUCAGUCAUUCACCCAGGGUCUGUCUUCCAGCCUCGCAAGUUCCACAGCUCCCCUCAAACUUUUCUACUCCAAUUUAAUUUCUUCCUAAUAAACCUAUUCCAAGAAGAGGGGAGGGCAGAGGCACAGUGGAGUGGUAAAUGCACAUAACCCUCCUAUUCUUGAAGCAUAUAAAGGAAUACAUGUUUGGCUUACGCAGACCACACGGGAACACAGAGCCCCUGGCAGGAGCAGCCUCACGGCCCCGUGAACUUUUCUCCGCGCUUGGGCUACAGCCAAACAGCCACUGCUACUACUGCGCUACUUUGCCCACGUUCAGCAGCUCACUUGGGUCAGGACUGCGGAUCGUAACGGCCAACACGAAGAGCAGACUGGAAAAACAGAGCAAGAGGUCGGAGGAGGCUGAGGUUUCGUUCCUGAGGCUGGAAAGCUUCGGAGCGCAAAGCCCAGGAGCGUUUGCGUUUCAUGCUGCAGCUGGAAAAGAGUUUAGCGUGAGGCAGUAAGUGCCUGGUAAUGUUGCUGUAAAUAGCCCGCCAUUCCCCCGCCGGCACAGGGCAAUCCCUUCCAGGUGCGUGCCCCUAUAAAAACCUCUGGAACGGGCAUCCUCCUGCAGGAACCUUCGGCGCCCUCCGUCGCAGCAGCUCUUGUGCCAUGAUCUCUGCACAGCAGCCACGGUUCCCCAACAAAAUACAAAGAGUAAUGGACUGCCAAACUGAGGAAGAAGCCUGUGAAGAGCAGUAUGACUCUGAAAACUGCACUUGCAGCUCCACAUGUGCAUCAUCAACAGCAGAAUCCAACUCAGAUUCACCAGUAAUUCUUAAAAUACUGCAGAACUGGGUUCCCAGAGUUUCCCACUACUUUGACAAAGAGCACUAUACUUACGCAGGCCACCAGAUCGUCAUCCAGGAAUCCAUAGAACACUUUGGAGCAGUGGUAUGGCCCGGGGCACUGGCUUUAUCUCAAUAUCUGGAAUCAAAUCAAGAACGAUUCAACCUCAAAGACAAGCAAGUUUUGGAAAUUGGCGCUGGAACAGGCUUAGUUUCCAUUGUCGCCUGCAUCUUAGGAGCUUAUGUCACAGCAACUGAUUUGCCUGAAGUUCUUGAAAAUCUCUCAUUUAAUAUUUCAAGUAAUACACAAAAUAUGAAUAUCCACAAACCUGAAGUGAGAAAACUGGUAUGGGGAGAAGGCCUCAAUGAAGACUUUCCUUCAUCAACCUACCAUUAUGAUUUCCUACUGGCAAGUGAUGUUGUAUACCACCAUACAGCUCUGGAUCCCCUGCUAGCAACAAUGGUGUAUUUUUGUCAGCCAGGGACAGUAUUACUAUGGGCAAAUAAAUUCAGAUUCAGUACAGACUAUGAAUUUUUGGAAAAACUUAGCAGUAUAUUUGAUACAACCAUCCUAGCAGAAUUUCCAGAAUCAAAUGUCAAGCUGCUUAAAGCCACAGUAAGAGAGAAUUGAAAAAAACAAUUACUGAUUUUGAUUUGUCAGCACCUUGCAGUUUGGAAUGUGAUAUAGUAUUACGGUGCACCCUCUGUGCAUUUAUGUCUGUAAAGUUGUAGUUGUAUCUGAGUUUUGCAUUAUGAGUUACAAAAAAAUGGGCAAGACAAUGAUACAGUCAUUUGUCUUAGGUUCACACACACGAUUUUGUUCAAACAGACCAAUUUCACUCCACUGAAAGAA